AUGGUCGCAAAUCCCUCUUUGAUCGAAGAGGCGCUUUUCUCUUUGGCUUGUUUUAUCGCCUCUUUGUACCGGAUGACACGGCUAAUUGUUCAUCCAACCUGCUUUGAGAUGAAGUCUUUCCCGCCCUGCAGGGAAAUAAACAACUUGACUCAAUCUUCUCUUUCUUCUGAUUAUCUACAAAGCCAUCGUUAUUUCGAAAGGAACCAAAAUGAAUCCAUCGCAUCUCAACAGAGUCGUUACUUCGACAGUUUUUCGAAUUCUUGUUUGUUUUCGGUUCUCAUAAGAGGGCCUUUCCUUUCUUUCUUUCUUUCUUUCUUUCUUUCUUUCUUUCUUAUAUUUUCCUGGUCCGUUUGUGCUUCUUUUUAUUUUUCUUUCAUUCACUUAUCUAUCUAUCUAUCUAUCUAUCUAUCUAUCUAUCUAUCUAUCUAUCUAUCUAUCACUCUAGUUCCGCUAUCAUUCUCUCUUCAAUCUAUCUAUCUAUCUAUCUAUCUAUCUAUCUAUCUAUCUAUCUAUCUAUCUAAUUUUAUUCAUAUCUAUCUAUCUAUCUAUCUAUCUAUCUAUCUAUCUAUCCAGGUCACUUUAGUUCCGCUAUCAUUCUCUCUUCAAUCUAUCUAUCUAUCUAUCUAUCUAUCUAAUUUUAUUCAUAUCUAUCUAUCUAUCUAUCUAUCUAUUUUAUUCAUGUGUAUGUAUGAUUGUAUCUAUCUAUCUAUCUAUCUAUCUAAUUUUAUUCUUUUCUUUCUUUCUUAUAUUUUCAUGGUCCGUUUGUGCUUCUUUUCUUUUCUUUCAUUCACUUAUCUUUCUUUCUUUCUAUCUAUCUAUCUAUCUAUCUAUCUAUCUAUCUAUCUAUCUAUCUAUCUUUAUUACUUGUCUAUCUAUCUGAUUUUAUUCUUAUCUAUCUAUCUAUCUAUCUAUCUAUCUAUCUAUCUAUCUAUCUAUCUAUCUUCUAGCGUUUAG